CUUUCCUUCAUUGAAGACGCGCCACUGACACUGUUUUGUUUUUCGGGGAUUCAUCAUGGCGAUGCAUGCGAAGGCGACACCGCCACAGAUUCCCGACACACGUCGUGAACUUUCUGAGCUGGUCAAAAGGAAACAAGAACUUGCGGAGACAUUGGUGAACUUGGAAAGACAGAUCUAUGCAUUUGAGGGCAGUUACUUGGAAGACACCCAGAUGUAUGGGAACAUCAUAAGAGGAUGGGACAGAUAUCUUACCAACCAGAAAAACUCCAACAGCAAGACGGACAGGAGAAACAGGAAGUUCAAGGAGGCUGAGCGUCUGUUCAGCAAGUCCUCAGUCACAUCUGUAGCAGCUGUCUGUGCCCUUGGUGGGAUACCGGAUCACAUGAAUGAAAAGCGCGAGGCCGGCAGUGGGACGGAGAGUGACACGUCGCCAGACCUCCAGAACCAGGAGAACGAGCCCAGCCAGGAGGACACGGAGGAUGCCGACGGAGCCCUGCAGGACCUCAAACCCCAGAAGGCUGCUUCUUCCUCCUCCGGCAGCCACCACGGGAGCCACAAGAAGAGGAAGAACAAAAACAGACACAGAUUUGACAUGAAGGUCAACAAAAAACCCAGAGCGGACUAUUCAACCUGAUGGAAAGGGAUCGUAGCAGUAUAAACGAGACCUAGAGCCCAGACAGAAGAGGUCUAGGGUGAAGCAGUCAUUCCUCUUGACCUUGUGAACUUUGUUUGCCCUCCUUAAUCGUCUUUAUUCCUGCUCGCUUUAUGUACAUUGCAUGAAACGUCCUUUUCACCUGGUAGCGGAAAUAUUAGUUCCAUGAUUUUCCUGCUGUCAAGUACAUGGUACGUUAUUGCAUGUUGCUCAACUCUGAGGUGGGGGUCAGAUAACACUUUACUGUAUAGUCUUCUAUAUUUAUUAUGUAACUCCCCCCAUUCCCUGUCCUUUUCUUGUCAUAAAAAUAAUCUUGGAACUAUUUACUUUUUAUUGUCAUUGGGUAGUUUUGUAGCUGUAGAAUGUUUAUUUCUAUUUUAUUUUUUAUGAUUUUCUUGGCAUAAAAUUGUAAUAAAACAUUGAAAUGACUAUUAUUUUGUUAUUUAUUAUUAUAUCUACUCUGUAGAAAGACCCUAUAGUUAUCAUCUGUUCUGCCCCCCUACUAUUGUGGAAUGGAGGAAAACUCUCAAGGGAAGCUUGUUCGUGACCAGGAUUAAGCUCCAUUCCAUUUCAGUUGAAGUCCCUUGUGAAAAGCUAACACAUGUUGGAAAUAAUUGUCAUUUAAGUGUACUUCCUGAAUUCCCAACCCUGUUUAUGGCCAAACAUAUUUUGCUUUAUGUCUGCAAACUGUUUUGUUUCUGUAUGUCUAUUACUUGUUGCCUGUAAAGCCCAGUGACCUUAGACCUCAGCCGAGUCUUCUACAGUGUCUCUUAAGUCCCCCCUCUGAGCCCUAUAAAGCACCGUAUUCCCUUUUAUAGGAUUUUGGUGAAAAGUUCUGCUCAAAAUAGGAAAUAUAGUCACUUUAGGGACACACAUCUGUCAGUAAUUCCUUAAUCCCAGAGAGAUGUGAACUGUCAGUGAGCUCAUGAACAUUGUUUGGAUACAACGUUCACAUUCAAACAGAAUUAUUCUGACACUCAAGUAUGAUUAAAACAACCCUGUUGUUUACACACCAAGAUAGGAUGUCUUUAUACUGCUCCUUCGGGGGAGUUCUCAGAGCCAGAGUUUGUUUUUUGAGAAACCAGUUUGAGUGAGCCAGAGGUCAAAAAGAUGACAGCCUGUUCGAUGCUGUUUCGCUGUCGAAUGUUCCCUGUUUGACCUCUUCUGAUCGGACAUUGUGGCGUAGUAUUGAAAGUUGCUUGAUUCAGAUAUUUUCUGUUGUUUUGAUGGAAUGUCAGCAGUAGGUUUAUUCUUAGAUUUGUUUGAUUAUUAGUGAAUGUAAUGGCAAUAUGCAAUACCAUGUGGUCACCAUGUUGUUCUGCUACAUAAUGCCUGUUUGGCAAUGCUCCCAGCAAGGCCUUAAAUGUCUUAUAGUCCUAACCUAUUUCUAAAAGCUUACUUGUAUAAAGUGGGAGUCUAUGGGUUCACUUGCCAUCAAGCUAUUAAAUAUAAUGUUCUUCAAUUA